AUGGUGAAAUUAACCACUGAUUUAAUUUUAAAGAAUACGGGACAAAUUAGACGUCAACGUGAUGAAAGCUUGCAACAUUUUACGCGACGUAUAACACAUGCCUAUUGCAAUGAGAAAAACAUAGACGAAAUUGAAAAUAUUGCUGCCUGUAGAAAUUUAUCAGUCUUAUACCUUUACGAUAAUCAUAUCAAGAACUGUAAUAAGCUGAUUAAUCUCUUCAACUUAACUCAUCUAUACUUGCAAAAUAAUAACAUUACGAAAUUGCCCAGCUUACAUUCUUUAAAGAAGCUAACGAAAAUCUAUCUUGGUGGAAAUGAAAUUGCGGUACUAGAAGGCUUAGAGAAACUUCCAAACGUAAUUGAAUUGCGUAUUGAAAAUCAACGCCUACCACCAGGCGAAAAACUCUUAUUUGAUCCAAGAUCCCUAGCAACAAUACGUAGAUCAGUGCAAGUCUUGGAUAUAUCAGGAAAUGGUUUAGACAAUUUAGCAGAUUUUUAUGGCUUUGAAAAUUUAAUCUAUUUCACUGCUAAAAAUAAUACCAUCAGUAAUUUUGAGACUUUAAAAAGAACAUUUAGUUCCUGGUUUUCGACAACAACAAUCGACCUAACCGGUAAUCCUAUCUGUGAAAAGUCAAGAUAUAGAGAUCAAAUGCUAGUUAUUUGUCCAAGUAGUGUUGGUAAGUGA